UCUUCCAAAGAAGUUCAUUGCAGAUUCAUAAACUCCUGCAUAUCAUAUCAAAGUUGAGAGAACCUUUCUCACGAACAUGCCUCCUAUCACCGAUAUCAAGCAUCGCAGCCACCCAGCGCACGAUCUAAAGCUCUCACAUCCCGCCACGCCUUACAUCUGUGAUGGAUGUAAAGAGAUCGGUUAUGGGAUAUGCUACAGAUGCAGAGAAUGUAGAUUUUAUUUGCACAAGGAAUGCGCAAUCCCUCACUCACCUACAUAUCAUCAUCUCUUUAAAGGAAGCAAAUUCGAUUUCUACAGGAGAUCUCCAACAUCUGGGGGGAGAAUCUGUGAUGCUUGUGGGAAAGAUGUGAAUGGGUUUCUGUAUCACUGCUCAUCUACGGGGUAUGAUAUGCAUCCUAACUGUGCAAAGCUCCCACUUAUCUUAAAUGGGGAAGGUCUGACGCUAGAACUAAAAGGAAAAGCAUCAGCUUGCCAAAAAUGUCGUGUUAGUGGUCGUCGUUCAAAUGGGUGGUCUUAUGUUUCUAGUUGCGGCAAAUACUGUCUUCAUGUGGCUUGUGUGAAGGAGAUGAUUAUUGAGGCCUGGGAAAAGAAAUACUUUAAUCUACAAAAGGGCCAUGAAAUCAAUAGAAAUCACUUGAAAUUGCCGAGUAAAGAAUCCAAAAAUGGAAGAGUGAUAACCCGAGGUAGGGGAAGAAGCUCGUCACCUGGAAGACGGGAUGGCAGAACUGAGAAAGAGGGUAAGAGAAGAUACUCAUCAUGCGGACGAUCUUCUAACAAUCGGGAAAAAAUAACUGGGAGAAAUGCCGGAAGAAACCCAUCGAUGAUCUGGUUGAAUACCGGAGUUACAGUUCUUGGAAUUUUGCUUUCGGCCUUUUUGGGAGUUCCAAUCACUCCACUUGCAUCUGCAGCUGUUCUUCUUGCUAAAAAUUUAUUCUGAAGUUAAUUUUACUUUUAUUGUUUCGAGUUUAAAUUAUAUAUCAAACCUGCUUGAUGAAGCUGUAA